AUGGCGACAACAAAUCUAACGGAAACAGUCAACAUUCUCCUCUCUAUCACAGCAAUUCUUGGGAAUUCUCUUAUCCUUGCUGCCCUUUACAAGGAAUCUUCUCUCCAUCCGCCAUCCAAACUCUUAUAUCGUUGUCUGGCAACGACUGAUCUACUGGUUGGUCUUGUUACCCAGCCUCUCUAUGCUGCCUACUGGAUGUCCUUAGUUCACGAACACUGGAGUCUUUGUCGGUACUCAAGGGACGCAGUCUACAUAUCAAGCUAUACUCUAUGUUCAGUGUCUUUGUCGACGUUGACGGCCAUAAGCGUGGACCGACUUCUCGCCAAGUUGUUGGGGCUAAGAUAUAAAGAGAUUGUAACUUUGAAGCGCACUUAUAUCAUUUUAGCUAUCGUCUGGGUUGUAUGUCUAGUCACUGGUUUAUUAUCUCGUCUCAAUUACCGUAUAACCCUAUGGUGCACCCUUAUAGUUACACCAUCUUGUCUGAUAAUCUCAGUCGUCUCGUACACAAAGAUUUUUUGCGCUCUCGGUCAUCACCAGGCUCAAAUACAAAGUCAUGUUCAACAACAGUCGAGCCAACUAAAUGCAUUGAACAUGGCGCGAUACAGAAAAGCUGUCUACAAUACACUGUGGGUGCAGUUAGCAUUAGUUAUCUGUUAUGUACCACUUUUUACGGUGAAAAUUGUAAUCUUUCUUAGUACAGAGAGAUUUUCAAAUUUCUUCUUAAUAUAUGGAAUGGCAACUGUCUUAAUUUUUUUUAACUCUACUUUAAACCCGUUUCUUUACUGCUGGAAGAUAAGUGAAGUGAGACGAGCAGUAAAGCAGACAAUCAGACAAGCAAUCUGCUAUGCAUAAGGGUAGCCCUAAUUUAACGUUGGCAGGCUCUAUAACUUAUUUGGAAAUUUUGAUAUGGAAUUUCAU